AUGAUCACUCCAACCGUCUUCCCCCACCUCACAGUGCAACCCCACACUGCAGCACAGCUCAGCACAGAACGUGAGGAGCACAGCGAGGAUGACCUUGUUCCUCCAUCCAAUCCUCCUCAUCUGCUUAAUCUGAACCACAGCAACAACAAUGAAGAGUGAGUAUCGGAAGAGGAAAAGGAAAAGGAAAAUGAAAAGGAAAAGGAAAAGGAAAAGGAAAAGGAAAUAGAGAAGGAAAAGGAAAAAGAGAAAGAAAAGGAAAAGGAAAAAGAAAAGGAGAAGGAAAAGCAAGAGGACAAAGACAGGCCAAAAGAGUUAUUUGUCAUUAAUCCUGCAGGAGGUUUGUAUUACAACUGGCUGUUCAUCAUCACACUACCUGUCAUGUACAACUGGACCAUGAUCAUAGCCAGGGCCUGCUUUGAGGAGCUGCAGCAUAACUACAUCAUUUACUGGGUCAUUCUGGACUACACCUCGGACUUAAUCUACCUGGCUGACAUGUUUGUCAGGACCAGAACAGGUUACCUUGAGCAAGGCUUGAUGAUAAAAGAUGAGAAGCUGCUUAAGGAUCGCUACAUAGCCAGCUUCCAGUUUCGUCUUGAUGCUGUCUCCAUGCUGCCCACUGACAUCCUUUAUUUGUACUAUGGCCUUGACUACCCAGAGAUCCGCAUCAACAAGCUGCUCAGAAUUGGACGCCUGAUGGAGUUCUUCACAAGGACUGAGACUAAAACCAACUACCCUAAUAUCUUCCGUAUUUCAAACCUGAUAAUGUACAUCCUCAUUAUUAUCCACUGGAAUGCUUGCUUCUACUUCUCCUUCUCUAAAUACAUUGGCUUCGGUGCUGACGACUGGGUUUACCCGGCUUUGGAUGAUCCUCAGGAGCCCGCGUUUGGGCAACCCAUGAGGAAGUAUGCGUUCAGCCUCUACUGGUCCACACUGACCCUGACAACCAUUGGAGAAACUCCACCACCGGCUCUUGACUCGGAAUUUUUCUUCCAUGUGAUUGAUUUUUUAGUUGGAGUCCUGAUCUUUGCCACCAUUGUAGGGAACAUUGCCACCAUGAUCUCCAAUAUGAACGCCGCCCAAGCUCAGUUUCAAUCCAGGAUUGACAACAUCAAGCAGUACAUGCAGGUUCGAAAGGUCAGCAAGGAACUGGAGCUGCGAGUCAUCAAGUGGUUUGACUACUUGUGGAAUAACGGAAAGGCACAGGAUGAAAGAGAGGUGCUGCGGUACCUUCCAGACAAACUGAAGGCAGAGAUUGCCAUCCAAGUCCACAUGGAGACCCUGAAGAAAGUUCGUAUUUUUGCAGACUGUGAAGCAGGUCUUUUGAUUGAGCUGGUGCUCAAGUUAAGGCCACAAGUAUUCAGCCCUGGAGACUAUAUCUGCAAAAAGGGCGACAUUGGUCGGGAGAUGUACAUCAUCAAAGAUGGAAAACUCGCAGUUGUUGCUGAUGAUGGCGUCACCCAGUUUGUUGUGCUAGGAAGUGGGAGCUACUUUGGCGAGAUCAGUAUCCUUAACAUCAAAGGCAGCAAAGCAGGAAACCGACGAACAGCCAACAUCCGCAGCAUUGGAUACUCAGAUCUCUUCUGUCUGUCCAAAGACGACCUAAUGGAGUCACUGACAGAGUAUCCAGAUGCCAAAGGGAUGCUAGAGGACAAAGGCCGGCAGAUCCUGAUGAAAGAUGGUCUGAUUGACUUGGACCCGGCUAACAUAAUGCCUGAGGCAAAGGAGCUGGAGGAGAAGGUUAACAAAUUGUACAACUCCAUGGAGCUAAUGCAGACCAAGCUGAAGAAGAUUCUUGGAAAUUACAAGAACACUGAUACAACUCUCAGACAUCGCAUUGCCGAUCUGGAACACCUGACAGGAGAGGAGGUGGAGGAUGAAGAUGAGGAAGAAGAAGAGGGGAAAAAAGAAGAGAAAGACGUUGAAGGGGAGAAAAAGGACGAUGAAAUAUUGGAGGAGAGGGAAGGAGACGGGGUGAAAAAGGAAGAUGAAAUAUUGGAGGAGAGGGAAGGAGACGGGGUGAAAAAGGAAGAUGAGAAAAAAGACCAAGAUGAAGAUGAGAAAGCGGAGUAGGCCCAGUCAGCAGAAAAAAAGGAUGAGGGAACUACAGAGAAGAAAAAAUAGAUCCAUUGUUUCUGUAAAACUCAAAGCACUUUUCUAAUUUGCCACUAUAGAUUUUUUUUUCUUUUUAGCUGGACGAGCCUCCACAGUUAAUUAAUUAGCUUAAAACAACUCUUAGAAACUGGCAUCUAGUCUUCAAAAGGUACUGCUAUUGUGUAUGCGUUACAAGAAUCCUGAAUUUCAGUUG